AUGGUCAAGGUCAAGCCGGGCAAGCUUCUACCUCCCGAUCCGCGACCAUGGACCGCCGACCCGGAGCAUCGCAAGAUGCGGAAGACCAUGGAAAAGGAGAGCCCUGGCUUCGACUGGGGCCAGGCGAUUGCUCUCGGCAUGAUUGGAGCCACGGUCAUGUUUGGUAUUGACAAGUCGCUGAAGAAGUGCGAGGAAAGGCAUGAGGAGGAGGGCCGUCGCGAGGAGAGGCGGAGAGACAGGGAGUCGAGGUCAAGGCCCAGGAGGGCCACGCAGAGCGUCGCUGGGUCUGCGAGGGAAUCUGCAAGGGAGUCCGCUCGAGGCUCCACGCGGGGUUCGAGGUAUGAUCGAGAUGAGAGGAGGGACGACAGGAGUCGCCGCGACGAAGACGAGGACGAGUACUGGGACCGGUACUAUGAAGAGCGGGAGGCCAUUCGGGCUGCGAGGGAUUACAGCCGUGAACCGGCCCGAGCGCCCGAGUCGAUCAAGGGGCUGAAUGUUAUGAGGGAUGAGAGGGAGUAUGUGCGAGCGGUCGAUCAGUUUGAUCGCGAUUAUGGGUACGGCAGACGGUACGAUGAUCAAACACGCAGCAGAAGCAACCCCGGUUCGAGGUCGAGAGGUUAUUCGAACUGGUGA